UAAACUGGGUCACGGUUUGCCGAUCCUUUGGGAAACUCAACUUGGAUGGUUGGUUUCCGGUCCUAUUUAUAGACGCAACGAAUCGACAAUGCCGUCAUCAUCAUCAUCCAUAAAAUGUAAUUUCGUAACAGUUAAUUCAGGCAACGCUCUCUCCACCGUUGAUGACGACCUUCAAAACCAAUUAGCGCGUUUUUGGCAACUGGAGGAAGUUAGCCAUCAGUCGUCUCAAUAUUCUCACGAAGAGAAAUUAUGUGAGGAGCAUUUUCAAGCUAACACUGUUCGUUUGAAGGACGGAAGUUUUUGUGUUAGGUUGCCUUUAAAGCAGAGUCCUAAAUUGUUAGGCGAAUCAUUUCAAAGAGCCAAACAUUGCUUCUUAUCGUUGGAGCGUAGGUGGAAAAAUAGACCAUCAUUCAGGAAGCUAUACAUCGAGUUUAUGUCGGAGUAUCACGCUUUAGGUCACAUGUCCGAGUACGUACCUACCGAUUCGGGUACAGGUACCUACUUUAUACCCCACCACGGAAUUUUACGGGACAGUACCACUACCAAAUUAAGGACUGUCUUUAAUGCUAGUAGUCCCACUACUUCCGGUGUUUCGCUAAACGAUUUGCAAAUGAUUGGACCAACUGUCCAAGAUGAUCUGCUGUCAAUACUCAUACGUUUUCGGCAGCAUAAAUACGUAAUAUCGGCUGACAUUGAAAAAAUGUACAGGACCGUAUUUCUUCAUCCUGAUGAUCGCAAGCUACAGCUGAUCCUAUGGCGUGAAAAUGAAUCUGACGCCUUAAAGACUUAUCAGCUAAAUACCGUAAGUUAUGGGACGGCUAGCGCAGCAUUUUUAGCAUGUCGAUGUCUUAAACAAAUAGGUUUAGAUUGCCAAGAUAAACCGUUAUCUGAAAUAAUAAUUCACGAUUUUUAUGUCGAUGAUUUAUUGACCGGGGGAGAUGAUUUUGACGAGGUUAUUAGAUUGCGGCAAGGAGUCACUGAUGCUUUAGCUGCCGCGCGCAUGCAUUUAAGAAAGUGGAAGUCUAAUGAUCCACGCUUAAUUGACUCGUUCUCUCCUGAAUCAAAAAACUUAAACAUGGGAACGUCCGAGUCAGGCAAGAUAUUAGGUCUGGGUUGGCAUCCAGACGCGGACCAGUUAUAUUUCCCAAUCGGCAUUUCAGUUCCUAAGGGAACCACUAAAAGGGAUAUAUUGUCAACCAUUGCUCAGAUUUUUGAUCCCUUAGGGCUUUUAAGCCCUUGUGUCAUUACAAUGAAAAUUCUCAUGCAGAGGCUGUGGUUACACAGACUUUCUUGGAACCAGGAGCUUCCUCCUGAAACUUUAAAACAAUGGGCCGAUAUAGUUUCAAGCCUGCCUCUUCUUAAUACUAUCCGCAUUCCGCGACGAGUUUUGUGCGACUCCUACGAGAGUCUGGAACUACACAUUUUCACAGACUCCUCAGAGCGAGCCUAUGGUGCCUGUGUUUACGCCCGUAGCAUUAACGAUGCAGGAGAGGUUUUCGUGCGAUUACUUAUAGCCAAAAGUCGAGUUUGUCCCUUGAAGCCUUUAACCAUUCCGAAACUUGAACUUUGUGGCGCGCUGGUCGGUGCUCGGUUGUAUCAAAAGGUUAUUAACUCACUUCGAGCCCAAGUUAGCAGCGCAACGUUCUGGAGCGACUCGACCAUAGUUCUCGCGUGGCUCAAAACAUUACCAAGCAAGUUGCAGCCAUUUGUUCGCAACCGUACAGCCGAGAUUCUCGAAAUAUCAGGCAAUAGUUCCUGGCGACACGUUCCGACUAACGAGAAUCCUGCUGAUCACGUAUCUCGCGGUGUUAGCUUCGAGGAAAUGAAUUCCCUUGACUUAUGGUGGUCCGGUCCUAGCUUCCUAAAGCGUGAUGCUUCGACGUGGCCACAGAAUCCGUGUACAGAAGUUUAUAAUUUACCUGAGGUUCGAACAGAAAUAACCUUGUCUGCUUGCAUUCAAGACGAGACUUUCAUUGACUUUGAACGAUUUUCAAACUUCUUACGGUUAAAACGCGCCGUAGCGUACGUUUUGCGCUUCAUAUCGGCUUGUAAAGGGAUGGCAGUAACUACUCAAUAUUUAAACGAUGUAGAAUUAAAAAACGCAUUAAACCUCCUGAUAAAAAUAUCACAAGCCGAAUCAUUACCUGAGUAUAAACUACUAUUAAAAUCUCAAACUUUACCUAAGGGUAGUCCACUGUUAAAGUUAAACCCCUUUUUAGACGAAAAUUCAAUCAUGCGUGUUGGUGGUCGCCUUGCAAACUCGGAAUUUCCAUAUGAGCAAAAGCAUCCCAUCAUCUUACAGUCCACUCACAAAUUUACAAAGUUGCUUUUCUAUUUCGAGCAUAAGCAUUUAUUACAUGCACCACCACAGCUUUUAUUAGCCACUAUUAAAGAGCGAUACUGGCCGAUAGGAGGACGCAAUUUGGCUAAGUUGUGUUACAGACAGUGCGUCCUAUGUAUCCGAAUGAAGGGACGCGUACUUAGCCCUUUGAUGGGUAAUUUACCUAAAACUCGGUUGUCCCCCGAAGGCCACGUAUUCGUCAAUGUAGGCGUAGACUAUGCAGGUCCUAUCAACUCGGCUAGUCGUCAGGGCAGAGGUUGUAGGAUAGUAAAGGUGUACAUCGCCAUAUUCAUAUGCUUUACAACGAAGGCCAUACAUUUAGAGUUGGUUGGUGACCUAACAAGCAAUAAUUACUUGAUGGCUUUGAAUAGAUUUAUGUCGCGCAGAGGUAAGCCCGCUAAUAUCUACUCAGAUAAUGGGACCUCGUUUGUUGGCGCAUACAACGAAUUGUCAAGGUUCCUCAAAUCCAAUUGCAAUUCUAUUGCCGAAAGUGCGUCCAAUGUAGAAACGAACUUUCAUUUUUUGCCAGCUUACGCGCCACACUUUGGUGGUCUCUGGGAAGCGGGUGUAAAGUCAACAAAACAUCACUUAAACAGAGUGCUGGGCAAUUCUAAUCUUACAUACGAGCAACUUAAUACUACUCUGGUUAGGAUUGAGGCAAUUUUAAAUUCUCGGCCACUCACCGCUCUGUCUACGGAACCCGACGACCUGAUGCCGCUAACUCCUGGACACUUCCUCAUCGGCCGUCCACUGACCGCGCUGCCAGCUCCUGACUACCGAAACCACUCCUAUAACUAUUUAACGCGCUUCCAACGGGUAGAACAACUGCGCCAGCACUUUUGGACUCGUUGGAGCAAGGAAUAUAUCUCGGAUUUGCAGCAAAGGGUCAAAUGGCAAACGGCCGGAGACUCUUUAUCCCAGAAUACUCUGGUUCUUCUAAAAGAAGAUAAUCUUCCCCCUUUGAAGUGGAGGCUGGGCCGCAUCGUUGCAGUUUUCCCUGGACGAGAUGGAAUCAAUCGCGUCGCCGAUGUGCGCACUGCUAAUGGAGUCGUCAGAAGGGCAUUCUCCAAGAUAUGUCCAUUGCUGAAUGCUGAUGUUCCCACAUAAAAGGCCAGCUUUCAGCGCGCGGGGGCAUGUUGGAGAAUGCAGAAGCAUAGCGCCUGACAAAAACAUCUCUGCAAAUCCGCCCGCACUCCUGUGCGCUUCAACUUAAUAUAAUAGGAUUUUUUAGUUUUAAGCACUUACACGUAAGCUUUUGUACCGACU